AUGGCGAUAAAAAACGUGUCGUCGUCAGAAGAUGGAAGAUCCUCGGAAGGGGACGCUAAUAAUGAAUACGAGAAGGAAAACGGUGAACCAACUGAUCCCUUGGGAAUUGAAUUUGUAGAAGUUCCUUCUCUCAGUGGGGAAAUACUUGAAGUAUUAGGGCCCAAGCAGGCAACUGUCAGUGAUGUGUCUGAAGACAUUCAUAAAGAUUUAGUGAGCAGGUGGGAACAAAUAAUAAAAAAGGGACUAAAUAGUGAUGAUAGAGAGGAAUUACUAAAAAAGUACCCAUAUCCCCAAAAUUUCGUAAGCCUCUACUCCCCAAAAAUUAUUCCAGAAAUAAAUGCGGCUAUAGAUGCUACAACAAAGAAAAGAAAUGAAAACAUUACAAUCAAACCAAAAAAUAAUGGUAGCAGCAAUAUCAGCACUAGGUAA